UUGAUAUUCGAACUCCCGAUCAUUCCGUUACGGUUAUUCGUUAAAGAAGUUUCGUUCAUACGCUUACAUAAUAUUCACUCAUAAUUUUCAAUAAAUGCAGUAAAUAUUAAAUCAUUUUCAUUAAAUGUUAGUAAAGUAACAGAAAUCAUGUUUCUUAUAGUGUAAUAUUUAUUUUAAUUGAACACUAGUUGCAUUUGUUAAAUUAAUAUAAGAUAAAAUACAUAAUUUUUACUAAUACAAAAAUUGUUUCAGUUAUAAACUCACAAUUCCACAAUAUGGCUCUUGAUUUACAUCGUAAGUACAUCGAAAAAAAGCAAGACAGUGCACCGUCGGUGCCUAUCAAAGAUAUAAUAAAUUCUAAAUACUACUUGGAUCCCCUGGAGCUUUUGGGCGAGAGGAGCUUUAGUGAACCUCGUGAAGUUGAUGAGUCUGAGAUCGGAAGUCCAGUACAAGAGUUUUUCCGGGAUGGAGUAAUAUUUUUAACCGGUGGUACAGGUUUUAUGGGCAAGGUUUUAGUGGAAAAACUGCUCAGAACAUGUCCUCACAUCAAACAUAUUUAUUUGCUGAUCCGGUCUAAGAAAGGCAAAAUCGUCGAUGAACGAUUGGAAGAUAUAUUUGAAGACAGGCUGUUCAAAAGAUUAAAACACGAAGUUCCAAAGUAUUAUCAUAAAGUUUCUGGAGUAGCCGGUGACUGCAGUUUGCCGGGUCUAGGAUUGAGCGCAAGCAGUCGAAAUACACUGAUUAAAGAAGUGAACAUAAUUUUCCAUGGAGCAGCUACUGUGCGUUUCGAUGAACAUAUCCGUGUAGCUAUGACCAUAAAUGUUUCUGGAACAAGAGAAUUAAUAAGUUUGGCCAAGAAUAUAACUAAUUUAAAGGUCGUAGCACAUAUUUCCACUGCAUUUUCAAAUUGCAACCGAUUGCAUGUGGACGAAAAAUUUUACGAUCCUACUGCUGAUUAUAAAGAUAUAUUGAAAUUAGUUUCUUCUACCGACGAUAAAAUACUACACUGUAUGACCAGGAAAAUCCUUGGCGAUUUACCAAAUACUUAUUCUUUUACUAAAUCAUUGGCGGAAGAUGCUAUUCGAAGAGAAGCACAAGGUCUUCCAAUAUUAGUUUUCCGACCCACUGUGGUGGUUGGUACUUACCGGGAACCAGUUAGAGGUUGGAUAGAUAAUGUAUAUGGUCCAACAGGAAUUGUAGUUGGGGCUGGCACCGGAGUACUUCAUACAUACUAUCUCGAUUCUAAUAUUGUGCCCGACAUAAUUCCAGUUGACAUUGUUGUAAACGCUCUUAUAUGCGCCACUAAAGAAACGGCGACAAAUGGGAAGUCAAAAGAAAUACCAAUAUAUACAUGUUCAAGUUCUAUACAAAAACCAAUAAAAUGGAAUCAGUUUAUAGAGAUGAAUCAUCGUUAUGGUGUUUACUGGCCUACAAUUCGGGCGAUUUGGUAUUAUUCGUUUUGGGUUACUAAAAAUCGAUUUUUAUACGCAGUGUUAAAUUUUUUUUGUCACGUUGUGCCUGGGUAUACACUAGACACGUUGGCUGUUUUUUCUGGACAAAAACCAAUAUUGAUGAAUAUCUAUAAGAAGAUUGAUAAAGUGCGAGAUAUUCUGGCAUAUUUUUCCGACAGGGAAUGGACGUUCCCCAAUGAUCGUUUAUUGGCUUUAUGGCAUACUCUCGACAGUCAAGACAAAGAAUUAUUCAAUUUCGACAUACAUCAACUAUCAUGGGAUUAUUUUUGCCAGGCACACUGUCUCGGUUUAAGAGUUUACCUCGUAAAAGAUGAUAUACACACGUUGCCUGCGGCCAGGAAAAAAUGGGAGAAAUUAUACAUAGCGCAUAAAGUCCUGUUACUAGUUAUGUACGGAAUAGUGUUGUGGUGUCUCUGGCUGAUUGUGUCUAUACCACUAAAAUUGACUGGGCUAAUGUAAAACAAUUUAUGGAUAGUUAACAUAAAAAUGUAUUAAAUAUUGUAUUAUUGUAUUGUAACCAAGUACCUUAUUAAAUACGAGUAUAGGUAUUUAUGUAUGUGAUAAGUUAUAAUAGUUGAAUUCAAAUCAGAGAUGGCAUUUACUGUCCAAAUUUAACCAUACUUAUUGACAAAUAGUUGAAGUAGUUGAAAUUGUAUGUACAUGAUACGCCAUUUAUGAUAACUUUCAAAAGUCAUAAAAAAUGUAUAUAAACAAUAAUGAAAGUUAACUAAAUUGUUUUUCCUUUUAAAAGCAAUUUUAAAUAUUUAAAAUAGUAUAAUUCAAGUAUAGCUUAUAUAUCGAUGUUAAAAGUUAAUAGAUAUUUUUUGAUAAAUACUAUUACGCUAUAUAUAAGAUCUUUAUUUUCCGUAGGUAAUAUAUUUUUUUGUAAUACAUUUGAAAUGCAUUAUUAGAUUAUACUAAUUAAUUCUCUCCCAAUUAUGUUAACUAUAGAUUAAGGGGCACAUGUCUUAUCCUUAAAAAGUAUGAUUUCGUCUUGUGAAAUUUUUUUUUUUAACAUUUCCUGUUUCUAAAAAAACUAAAAAUAUAUUAUAAUAUAAAAUAUAGAUGAUUACACGAUGUUGAUGCUUCCACAA